AUGAGGCACUUUUCAUACAUCAAUAAAUUGCAGAAGCUACACAAUGGUAAAUUACGUGUGGCACUUUUGUCAGAUCUUCAUAUUGGUCCAACAGUUGGUCAAAAAAGAAUGGAGAGAAUUGUACAACUUACGAAUGGUUUGGAUCCAGAUAUCAUCGCAAUUUCUGGUGAUUUAGCAGAUGGUUUCGUCAGACAUUUUGGGCAAGCGGCUAGUCCGCUAUGUUUCUUAAUGGCUAAACACGGUGUUUAUUUUGCUACAGGUAAUCACGAAUAUAUGCAUGGUAGCGUGGAAGAAUGGUUUUCCUUCCUGGAGGCUUGUAACAUUACUGUACUUCACAAUUCACAACGACGAUUCACUUUGCCUGGGCACUUUAUGGAUGUGCGGAAAGCCGUUGACGGGUGUAAGGUUGACGAUGUCGUCAUUAUGCUUGCUCAUCAGCCAAAUGCCGCUGGUGUAAUGUUGAACGAUCCGAUCGUUAAUAUGAAGCUCGACUUAAUACUAUCAGGACAUACCCAUGGUGGGCAAAUGUAUUUGUUCGUUCCCAUAAUCUACAUGAUGAAUGCGUUUGCAAGAGGUCUUUACUAUUACGCAGCCACUGGAACAUAUGUGUACGUGUCGGCCGGUGUUAACUAUUUUGGUCCGCCCAUUAAAAUGUUUGGAACUUGCGAAAUCAUUGAUAUCAUCUUGAAACCCACCGCUUAA